CUGGAACGAUGUAAUCUAUACGCUCGAGAAACUACUCGAGCAGAACUAUUGCUUUAUCAAAUAAUCGACGACAAAAUUUCUACUCAAAGAAGAUUUUCAAACCUGUGGAAUUAGAAUUAGAGCUACGUUUUUCAUGUACACGAAAAUUCGACCGGAACGCAUAAAUGUGCAGACAAUUACAAGUUCGUCCAGGCUUCAAACAUUUACAUUUUUCACUCCGAUUCGUCGAUUAAAAUUUAGGUAAACGUAUACAAUAUAUUACACGACCCGUGGAAGGUACCUUUCCUUUUAUAAGUCACGCAAUAAAACCACCACGAAAUUCACAAUACCGUUAGCACCCCAUCUAUGACUGAAGAGAAAUGAGAACCCCUUGAAGAUUUAUUUCUUUCGCGGUAUCGUUCAAUUUUCCCGCCCGUGAUUAUCCAUUAUGCGACACGUGAACUCCGAUGUUCCGAAAGUUAAAAAGACUGUGUUUUACCAUCAAUUACCGGCAUGAUUACCGUUUCUAUUCGUGUGAAACGAACGGUAUGGAUAACUACGAAUAAAAAUGAAACGAAAAACCAACGGGCACCUCAUAGGUGAGGUUAUCUAGCAACGAUACGAUUGGCAACACUGGUAUUCGUCUGAAAGCUUCCGCCAGUAGUCGGUACUCAACCGACUUGAACGCUUCACGUCGCCGUGCAAGAAGUGCGGGAGUGAAGUUGCGAAAAAUUGGGGUUAGUCGUACGGUGCAGCAGAAUCGCGCAUUCGGCAAAGUGGUGCGCGAAUCACCAUAAAAAAACGAAAAGUCCCCAUCAGAGACGUGACGCCGUGCGAAGAUGAGCUGUUUAUUGAAGCUGUCGCCUUUACUCGCGAGAAAUACUCGUGUGACAUCGUUGAAUAAUGUGGGGCUACCAGUUAUUACAAGCCAUAAAUUCCAUUCUUCACGUAAUAACAAAGCUGUGAAAGUAUCCGAUGCUAUUUCUAAGCAAUAUCCCUUGGUAGACCAUACUUACGAUGCUGUUGUUGUGGGUGCUGGUGGAGCAGGAUUGCGUGCUGCCUAUGGUUUGGUUGCAGAAGGUUUCAAAACAGCUGUUGUUACCAAAUUAUUUCCGACAAGGUCGCAUACAGUUGCCGCUCAAGGUGGAAUCAAUGCCGCUUUGGGUAAUAUGGAAGAAGAUAACUGGCAGUGGCACAUGUAUGAUACUGUUAAGGGAUCUGACUGGUUAGGUGAUCAGGAUGCUAUUCAUUACAUGACCCGUGAAGCCCCAAAGGCAGUUAUUGAAUUGGAGAACUGUGGCAUGCCUUUCAGUCGAACUAGUGAUGGUAAAAUUUACCAACGUGCAUUUGGUGGACAAUCCCUAAAAUUUGGAAAAGGUGGUCAAGCUCACAGAUGUUGCUGCGUAGCAGAUAGGACAGGACAUUCUUUGCUUCAUACCCUCUAUGGUCAGUCGUUGAGUUAUGACUGCAAUUAUUUUGUUGAAUAUUUUGCACUGGAUUUGCUAAUGGAAGAUGGAGAAUGCAGAGGAGUGCUUGCUCUUUGCUUGGAAGAUGGUACUUUACACCGUUUCCAUGCUAAAAACACAGUAUUAGCCACAGGAGGCUAUGGACGUGCAUAUUUCUCUUGUACGUCUGCUCACACGUGUACUGGAGAUGGUACUGCAAUGGUAUCCAGAGCAAAUUUACCAAAUCAGGAUCUGGAGUUUGUACAGUUUCACCCAACUGGAAUAUAUGGGGCUGGUUGUCUUAUCACGGAAGGUAGCCGUGGUGAAGGAGGAUACCUCGUAAAUAGCGAAGGUGAAAGAUUUAUGGAACGUUAUGCGCCAGUUGCAAAAGAUUUAGCCUCUAGAGAUGUUGUAUCUAGAUCGAUGACAAUUGAAAUCCGGGAAGGCAGAGGUGUUGGCCCUGAAAAAGAUCACAUCUACUUACAACUUCAUCAUUUGCCACCUGAACAGUUAGCAGCCAGAUUACCUGGUAUCUCAGAAACAGCAAUGAUAUUUGCAGGAGUCGAUGUAACAAGAGAACCUAUUCCCGUCAUUCCAACGGUACAUUACAAUAUGGGAGGAAUACCUACAAACUAUAAGGGACAAGUUCUGACAAGAAAGAAUAAUGAGGAUGCAGUUGUGCCUGGACUUUACGCUUGCGGAGAAUCCGCUUGUGCAUCCGUUCACGGUGCUAAUCGUCUUGGUGCUAAUUCCUUACUAGAUUUAGUUGUAUUUGGCCGUGCAUGUGCUAAGACAAUCGGAGCAGAGAAUAAGCCAGGUGAAGCUAUUGGACCACUUAGACCUAAUGCCGGAGAAGAGAGCGUGGCUAAUUUGGAUCAUAUCAGAAACGCAAACGGUAACAUUUCCACUGCAGACUUGAGAUUAAGCAUGCAGAAAACUAUGCAGACACAUGCUGCUGUAUUUAGGACAGCCGAAACUUUGCAAGAUGGAUGUCAAAAGAUGGCCGGACUUUACAAGAAAUUGGAUGACCUCAAAGUAUCUGACAAAUCUAUGAUAUGGAAUUCGGAUCUUGUGGAAACUCUUGAGUUGCAAAACUUAAUGAUAAACGCAAUGCAAACAAUUGUGGCCGCCGAGAACAGAAAAGAAAGUCGCGGUGCACAUGCGCGUGAAGAUUUCAAAAAUAGAAUCGACGAGUACGACUACAGUAAACCAAUAGAAAACCAACAACCUAAACCAUUAGACCAACAUUGGCGAAAACACACGCUUACGAAGAUUGAUCCGAGAACAGGCAAUGUAUCGAUUGAUUACAGGCCGGUGAUAGAUAAUACGCUAGAUAAAAAUGAAUGUGCGACGGUCCCACCCGCAAUUCGUUCCUACUAGAUCCCUUUUCAAA